UGGGCAUUCCUCACUUCCCUCUAGUGCUUAUAUCCUCUUCUUGCGCGACAUAUAUAAGCCAGCUCAAGGUUCUUUCGCAUACAGACGCCUGUAGCCGCCUCACAGGACUAAUAUCAAUAAUUAAGCCUCUCUGGAAACAUGUACAACGUAGGAUUUUCAGCAUUGCUGUGCUUGUUGUUCGUCUGCUGCAAAGCUAUGCCGACUCAACUCAGCCAGGAGGCUGUGAAUGACAGACCUGUGAUCGGUGUUUUAACUCAGCUGGUCUCCGACGACAUCUUGAAGCCGUUCGGGAGGACUUUCAUACCUUCGUCCUACGUGAAAUACCUGGAGUCUGGGGGGAGCAGGGUGAUGCCUAUCAGGCUGACUCUUACCACUGCUGAGUAUGAAAACAUCUUCAAGAAGAUUAACGGCCUGAUGUUCAUCGGUGGAGCUGCAGACUUGGAAACUUCAGACUUUGCCAGGGUGGCCAAGAUCUUUUACCGACUCGCUCUGACGGCCAACGACGCCGGGGACUUUUUCCCCAUCUGGGGCACAUGCAUGGGCAUGCAGCUCCUCACUGUCCUGGUAGCCGGUGAAAACCUGCUGACAAGGACCACCGCUGAGAACGUAGCUUUACCCCUCAACCUAACCGCAGAGACCAAGUCCAGUCUGAUGUUCCGAGGUUUCCCCGAUGAGCUCCUCAAAGCUGUGACCCAAGAACCCCUGACGGGCAAUUUUCACACUUAUGGAGUUACAGUAAAGACCUUUCAUGAAAAUGAGAAGCUGCGUUCUUUCUUCUCCCUCCUGUCCACGAACGUCGCCGAGAGCGGAGCUCACUUCAUCUCAACGAUAGAAGGUAAAAGAUAUCCUUUCUACGGAGUGCAGUGGCACCCAGAGGUGAAUCGCUUUCAGUGGAACAGCCAGCUCAACUUCCCUCACUCCGCUCACGCUGUUCAGUUAUCGUCGCUGCUGGCAGAGUUUUUCGUCAAUGAAGGAAGGAGAAGUUUACAUCGGUUUGACAAUCCUGAGGAAGAGGCCUCGUCACUGAUUUACAAAUACACGCCCGUCUAUGCUGGGAACUUCACAGGAUAUGAGCAGCUCUAUUUUUUCUGAGACUCUCCGGCGGCUGGAGUGUCUUUCCCUCUCUGCUCAUGUACAACAGAACACUAUCAUGUGCAGUCCACAGGGGUCUGCUAGGCCUCUGAAAGAGAUCGAUUUCUGCCAUGUGUGCACUUUUAUGAGGUUUCUGCACCGUCAUUUAUGGUUUUAACGACAUAAAAAAAAUGAUUUUUAUACUUUAAUGUUCAUGUUUUUUGUAUUUUGUAUGAAAUGAAAUGGGAUUCUUGUCAUGGUA